CCACCCUCUUCUCCUCUCACUCACACAAACAAGCAGUGGAGCUGGCAGCUGCUCAUGAGAGAAACACCGGGCAUCAGAGGAUUUUACAUCCUCAGAGCAACUUGCCAUGAGCAUCAUCCGGCUGGAGACCUGAACAGUCGGGUCCGGACGGGGAGAAGAUGCCUCAUGGACCGCUCCAUCACCACCAGUGCGCCACUUCAGGGCAUCCCAAGCGCCCAAUAACGGAGGAGAAAUGCCGAGGUUUAGCAUCAAAUGGCUGGCCGUGGCGGUGCUGAUUCUGGUGGUCGGCGGAGCUUUCCUCUUCUGCGAGUAUCUCAUUUACUUCCCGACCAUCCUCAAGUGCGCCUGGCCGAAGGUCAGCCAUGCGCGAGGCGGAGGAGAGGGCAUCGACGGCCGGCCGACGGACGCAGCGGUCCGCGCCAUGGUGCUGUCCGAUACCCACCUGCUGGGAGCUGUGGGGGGGCACUGGUUCGACAAGCUGAGGAGGGAAUGGCAGAUGGAGAGAGCUUUCCAGACCGCUCUGUGGCUGCUCAGGCCCGAAAUAGUGUUUAUUCUCGGGGACAUCUUCGACGAAGGCAAGUGGAGCUCGCAGAAGCACUGGGAGGACGACGUGCGCCGCUUCCACAGGAUGUUCAGACACUCCACUGACACCGAACUCGUCGUGCUGGUCGGAAAUCACGACAUCGGUUUCCAUUAUGAGAUGGACUGGUUCAAGCUGCAGCGCUUCGAGAAGGUCUUCAACGCUUCCUCCACCAGGAUCGUCACCAAAAAUGGAGUCAAUUUUCUGCUGGUGAACAGCGUGGCCCUGCACGGUGACGGCUGUCCCAUCUGCCAGUCGGUGGAGAAGGAGCUGAUCAAACUCUCCAGGGACCUCAACUGUUCUCUUCAGAACUCGCAGUCCGGCGGCGCAGUGAUGGACAGCUGUGAAGGCUCACAGAUCUACCCGCCCACAUCCCCCAUCAUGUUACAGCACUAUCCUCUGUACAGAGUGAGCGAUGCCGGCUGCACCGGACAGGACGCUGCGCCGCCUGAAGAGCGACACCUGCUGUUCAGAGAGAAGUAUGACGUGCUGUCGAAGGAGGCCUCGCAGAGGCUGCUGCAGUGGUUUAAACCCCGCCUCAUCCUGAGUGGACACACCCACAGCGGAUGUGAGGUUCUCCAUGACAACAAGUACCCAGAAAUCAGCGUACCAUCCUUCAGCUGGAGGAACCGAAACAACCCCAGCUUCAUCCUGGCGUCCGUGUCUCCGAGCAGCUACGCCCUGUCCAAAUGUUUCCUGCCCGAGGAGAGCACGGUCAUCAGCGUCUACUGCUCGGCCGGCGCCUGCCUGCUGCUCCUCUUCCUCGCUCACUGUAUGUGGAUGAAAGGCCUGCUGCAGUGCCUCAGCCUCUGCCUGCUGGGGAAGCACAAGUCUCUGUGAACUACAUUACCCAGCAUAC